CCUCUUUUCCCUCUCAUUUAAUAAUAGAAUUAUUUUAAUUUUAAUAAAAUUGCAAAUAUCGCCGGAGAAAGGACAAGUUUUUCGCAUUGUAUGGUUCGCUUCCUCUGACCAAUCCGCUAUGCCAUCGCGACCCAUUCCGGCGACGAUGCCGCCGCCGCCUCCUCCGAUCUUAUUGUACUCAGCACCUUCGCCGUUGUUUACACGUGUCUCUCCGGUGACUCACGAAGAACCCACCUCGCGAGUAUCUCCGCCGCUCGCGGUCGCCGGAGCCGGCGCUGGAAUCUCUCUUUUCCUCACCCUUGCCGUAUGCUUCUGCAAGAUCAGCCGCAAGCGACCGCCGGAGGAAAAUCCCUCGAAGACCUCUUCGCCUCCGCCGCCGCGUGAGUUCUCCUACUCGGCUCUCCGCCGCGCCACCGCCUCCUUCUCGCCGGAGAACCGUCUGGGCCAAGGCGGGUUCGGCUCCGUCUUCCGCGGAUCCGUUGCUCCGGUGUCUUCCUCGGCCGCUCGGGAGGUCGCCGUCAAGGUAAUGGAUUCUGGGUCUCUGCAGGGGGAGCGCGAGUUCCAGAACGAGUUGUUCUUCGCCGCGAAGCUUGACUCACCUCGCGUCAUCUCGGUUCUAGGGUUUUCACACGACCGGAAGCGACGCCGUAUGCUUCUCGUGUACGAGCUCAUGGAGAAUGGGAAUCUCCAGGACGCUCUACUUCACCGGAGAUGUCCGGAGCUUAUGGAGUGGAAUCGAAGGUUUUUGGUCGCGGUUGACAUCGCCAGAGGGAUCGAGUACCUUCACAGCUUGGAUCCGCUCGUGAUUCAUGGAGAUAUAAAGCCCAGCAACGUACUAUUGGAUCAAUUCUUCGCCGCUAAAAUCGCCGAUUUUGGUCUCGCGAGGCUGAAAUCAGACCAAGUGGAGGUCACUGUGGCGCCGGAGAAUGAUGGGUUCAAGGUCGAUGGUAAUGUCGGCGGCGGGGGAGCGGAGGACUACGGAUCUGUAGUGGAGGAAGUCGAGAGUGUGAUAACUAAUACAACUGGGUAUGAGGAAUUCAACUUCGGCUGCGUGGAUCAGUCGCCGGAGAGUGUCCCUAAGGUUCCUGGGUCUUCGCCGGAGAGUGUCCCUAAGGUUCCUGGGUCUGUGACUGCUUCUCCGGAGACAAUAGAGGCACCGGCCGAAUCGCCGGAGACGACAGCUACAGCCGCCUCCGUUUCGCCAGAAAUGGCGGAUAAAGUCAGCGUCUUGGACGGUGUUGAGAGCGAUAAGGAUGCUGGUAACGUGUUGAAAAGGAAUGGGAAAGAGAUCAAGAACGGAUCGAGCAAAGAUUGGUGGUGGAAGCAAGAGGGUGUUGCGGAUCGAGGGAAAGUGAAGGAUUAUGUAAUGGAAUGGAUUGGAUCCGAGGUGAAGAAGGAGAGACCGAGCAGCGAAUGGAUCAGGGAGACGACAGCUCCUUCGUCAAGCAAGAGACUGGAGAAGAAAAAGAGCAGCAAGAGACUAGAAUGGUGGAUUUCACUGGACGAAGAGAAGGAAAAGAAGAAGAUGAAGAAGCGUAGGAUGAUGAGGGAGUGGUGGAAGGAAGAGUACGGCAAAGAACUCGCCAAGAAAAAGAAGGAAAAGAAGAAGAAAACUCUUGAAUCAGAAUUCCACAGUGAUGAUCUGGGUAGCAAUGUGGAUCAAUGGUGGCACAAAGAGGAAGAUAUGCACUCCGAGAGAAAGAAGAACAGGAAGAAAACAAGAGGCGGUAGCACUAACAGCAUAGGAAGCAGCAUAGAUUGGUGGCUAGAUGGGUUAAGUGGUGAACUAUGGAGAGCUCGAAGGAACAGUCACGACUCGGUGAGUGGUGAGAUAACUAGGAGUGUCGGAGUAAGCAGCACACCGAGCAUGAGAGGAACCAUGUGUUAUGUGGCACCAGAAUACGGUAACAUAGGCGAUGUGUCUGAAAAAUGCGACGUCUAUAGCUACGGUGUAUUGCUGUUGGUGCUGAUUUCUGGACGACGCCCACUUGAGGUGACGGGAACCGCGUCUGAGAUCCAACGCGCAAAUCUAAUGUCGUGGGCACGUAAGCUAGCGAGAAGGGGGAGACUUCUCGAACUGGUCGAUCAAAAGUUACAGUCUUUGGAUCAAGAACAAGCACUGUUAUGCAUCAAAGUGGCUCUGCAGUGCCUGCAGAAGUCGCCCAUUUCACGACCCUCGAUGAAAAACGUCGUGGGAAUGCUGACCGGAGAGAUUAGUCCACCUGAGUUGCCGUCCGAGUUUUCUCCCUCACCGCCUUCGCAGUUCCCCUUCAAGACUGGGAGGAAGCGCCACUGAGGGUUUUUUCUUCCUAGGAUCUUUAGCCAGCGUGUAGUUCUCUUCUGGUCAUUGUAGAUAGAGAUAUCAUAUCAAUUGGUUCUUAUGUGUUCUAACAUUUUAGAGUUAUAAAGAUCAUACCUUUUGGGUUUUGGUUGGUU